AAUGAUAUCAGACGACCCACGCCGACUUCUCCCAUUCCCUCUCCCGCCCCUAUCCAAUAGCAAUUCGCCGUUACCCAGGCUCACACGAUACGCUGGGCAAGAGGAAGGCGGCCGUGGGAAAGUCAACCCGAUGUUCUGCGCCGACUCCCCUGAUGCGAUCACGCUAUGCGGGGGAUAGUUUCGGUCGGGCGCCACCGAAUUAGCAGUUCGUGAUUUUUUGGCUGCUUGUAGAGGAGUCGUACAAAAGGCAAGUGUGUUUCCGCUUCCUUGUUUCUUCCCCGUUCCACGGUCAUCAAGCAUCGGCAGCAAUCUACGACUCCCUACUCCGCCAACAAGCCAUAUCCACGUCCUUCGACCCAAGUACCGGGACACGGGCAUAUACAGUGCAGCAGCACAGCUUAUCGCAUCUACCGAACCACCGCAGCCCCGCAUCGGUUGAAUCCAUUCGAGACACAUACACCGUCCACCCUUACCACAUCACAUCUAAUCAACAUGCCCAUGACACCGAAGUCUUUCUGGCCCGCCCUCGCCGGCUUUCUUGCCCUCUCCUUCACAUACACGGCCGUCGUCGCUCGAGGCGAAGGCAACACCAUCGACGCCGCCCGGAAACGGUGGCAAGACCAGAAGAAGCGCGGAGACGCCGCCAUGAGCGCCGCUGGCUCGAAGUGGCUCGAGGAGCACAAGCAUGAAUAGCCAAAUUUCAUCGGCGACUCUGCUCUGUCGAUAUUACAUCGGGAUCGGGCCUAGAUUGGCAGUCAUGGCAUUUUGCAUUGCAUCAUGGAGUAAGGCGUUUAUAGGAAUUAGGUUGGCGCGAUUGUGCGCAUUUACCAGAUACCUGAGCUUGGUUGGCGAAGGUGUUUAGAGGAGCAAAUUCUUAAUUUGCAUUCCAGAUAGGCAUUGCUUCUUAAAUCCAACUGCCUUUUACCACAUUCUCGUAAAU